GACAAAGAUGAAAUCACAACGAGCUAUGCAGAAGGGUCGUCGGCAGAUGGUAAGCGCAUUAUCUGCGAGAAACCUGCCUAGAACACUACCCCUCACCGACUCCCGUCUGCGAAGCACGCUUCUGCAAUGGCAUGGAGCAAAGAUAAUAAACCAACGGCCACUAUACCGAGAGAUUUCCUGAUAUGCCGACGAGGCGAAGCUCCCAAGAAGACGACUUGCCGCCCUAAGCUAUUCGCGGGGUUGGUUUUUUUUUCUGGCUCUUGGCCCUCGGCCCCUUAGGAUCUUCCGUAACCUACCCCCCCUCUCCCAAGUGCCGAUGCGAUGCAUUCGUUUUCCAGCUGAGCUAUUGCUGUGUGCCGGAUAUUGCCCGCAUUUGAUUACGCAAUGACAAGGGGGGCUGAGGUUAUUAUUCUUUCGAUCGACGAUCGACUUCUAUUGACGGGAAUAGGAAGGCUAAGGUCAAGACGUCUGCCGCCGUGGCAUCCAGCCGGUAUGGAGGGGGGAUAUCUCGGCGCGCCGGAUUUAUCUCGGUUUUGCGUUUCGCAGUGUUCGAUGCAGCUCAACCUCCAUGUGCUAUAAAGUACUGCCUCUCUCGAUUGUGUCUGGGUUGGAGAAAGCAGUUCCAGAUUCAAUUUAAUCAGCAAUCCAAAAAACCACCCCCCAAGCACGUCACUUUACAUAACCGAACACAUCCAAAACCAACCAAAUCACCCAUCACCAUGGCUUCUCUCCACCCGUCCAUCGACAACGGCCUCGUCAAGGGGAACCCCGACUUCGCGGGCGGCAAGCUGCACUGCCACUGCAAGACGAACCCGGUCGAGAUCACCGUCGCGUCCAACGUGCUGCACAACCACGCGUGCGGGUGCUCCAAGUGCUGGAAGCCCGCGGGCGCCCUCUUCUCCAUCGUGGGCGUCGUCCCGCGCCCCUCGCUCAGCGUGACGGGCGCCCCGGAAAAGCUCACCAUCGUGGACGAGAGCGCGGCGAUCCAGCGCAACGCGUGCAAGGAGUGCGGCGUCCACCUCUUCGGCCGCAUCGAGAAGGAGCACCCCUUCAAGGGCCUCGACUUCAUCCACGUCGAGCUGUCCGACGAGAAGGGCUGGCAGGAGCCCCAGUUCGCCGCCUUCGUGUCCUCCAUUAUCGAGCAGGGCUUCGACCCCGCGAAGAUCGACGGCGUGCGCGAGAAGCUGAACAAGAUCGGGCUGAGCACGUACGACGCGCUGUCGCCGCCGCUCAUGGAUGCGAUUGCGACGUGGACGGCGAAGAAGAAUGGCGCUUUAUAGACUGGUUAUUUUUAAAUGAGCUGGUUUAUUGAGCAGGUAGUCGACUACCUAGGCUAUUGAAGUAAAAAAAA